AUGGGCCCCCCCUCACCCCCCCUCGGAUCGCUGCCUGCCCCACCUCGCCUGAUCACCGCACCCGACCAGCACCUCCGGGACUCCUAUCCGCCCCGCCGAAGCUCCCUCUCCCCCUCGCCCGAGCCUGAAGAACUCGCCAACCAGCAUCCGCCCGACUCUCGCCCCCACUCUCCCUACCUCCCCCCCCUCCCCCACAACCCCUUCGCCUACGACCCUCCCCCCGCAAAGGACUUUCCCCGCCGCCCGUCCUACCAGCGGAACAGCAGCGUCACAUGGAACACUGCAAGCGACAGCGAUUUCACUCGGAUCGGCUACGACUCAUGGAUACACACUUCCGGCAGCAUGGUCGCGCUGGACAAGCUGGACGAAACGGAGGUAGAAGGCGUCGGGCUCGUCCAUCCAUCGGCCACCAAGCGCCUCGACACCGACAAUGACUCGUUCUAUGUCAGGUCUGCCCCUCCGCCCCCGAAGAGCAGGCGGCGCAAGAUGAUCAUCAGCCUGGCUGCCAUGGCCGUGAUCCUCCUGGUGAUCAUCAUCGGAACCGUGCUCAGCAUGCGCAAAUCCCGUCUCGCCGAUCUCGGAAGAGUCAACCCAGCCGAUGGCACACUCGUCACCGCUUCGGGCGAUGUCGUCAAACUGUGGGGGAAGGACGGCGAUAAAAUCAAGACUGACAAUGGCACGACGUUUGAAUACAAAAACCCUCUAGGUGGCACAUGGGUCGCAAUUCCUUUCAACGAUACCGCCAAAGCUCAGGCUGAUACCCCGGCGUUGAACGAAAAAUGGGAUUACUCGAACCGACGUAUUCUUGGCGUCAACCUAGGAGGCUGGCUCGUUCUUGAACCUUUUAUCACCCCAUACAUGUUUGAGCCCUUCAGCAGUCAUGAUGCCAACGGCCAGGCCCCUACGGUUGUCGACGAAUGGACACUCUCAGUCGCCCUUGGCGACAAACUGGCUUCCACACUUGAAGAACAUUACCGGACAUUUAUCACCGAAGAGGAUUUCAUGCAGAUUGCUGCCGCCGGACUCAACUGGGUCCGGCUGCCCGUUGGCUGGUGGAUGAUCGAAACAUGGGAUGGCGAACCACUCCUGGAAGGCGUCUCGUUCAAGUACUUCCUCAAGGCACUCCAAUGGGCACGCAAGUACGGCCUCAGGGUCAACCUCGAUCUCCACGCCGUACCCGGCAGUCAGAACGGCUUCAAUCAUUCUGGAAAACUAGGCACCAUCAAUUUCCUCGUCGGCUUGAUGGGCGUCGCUAAUGCCCAGAGAACUCUCAAUUACAUCCGCACCCUCACCCAGUUUAUCUCUCAACCUCAGUACGCCAAUGUCGUCCCGAUGUUCUCCGUCCUGAAUGAAGCCCUCGUCGCAAAAAUCGGUGUGCCACAGAUGAGGUCCUUCUAUCUUCAAGUGUACCAAAUGAUGCGCGGGAUCACUGGUUACGGUGUGGGAAAAGGACCAAUGAUGAUCAUUCACGACGGAUUUCAAGGGACUGGGGCUGGCCACACUGGAUGGGCUGGUUACUUGAAGGGCGCCGAUCGAAUCGGGCUUGACACGCAUACAUACUUCGCUUUCGACAAACAAAGUAACGAUUCACUGGGCUACAAUUCCUACAAGCCUUGCACGUACUGGGCCAAAGGAUUUAACCUAACCAACACCAAUUUCGGAUUCAAUUUCGCGGGGGAAUAUUCGCUUGCAGUGAAUGACUGUGGGCUGUGGCUCAACAACAUCGGCAUCGGGAGCCGUUACGAUGGGACAUACCCGACGGCAAAUGCGCCCGAUAACACGAAUUUUCCGAUGGUUGGGUCGUGUGAUCCAUGGAAGGACUAUCGGACAUGGACGCCCGACAUGAAGAAGAGCAUUGCCGAUCUGGCCGCGACCUCGCAGGAUGCGAUGCAAAACUCAUUCUUCUGGACCUGGAAGAUUUCCCGCUCGAUCCGGACGCCGGAGCUGAAGCCGAACCCGAUGUGGGACUACCAGCUGGGUCUGCAGCAAGGCUGGAUCCGGCCGGAUGCGCGCGGGAGUGUCGGGGCCUGCGCGUCCGUGGCGGCCCAGCAGGGCGCCACGAUCCCGGUCCAGCCAUGGGCGGGUAAAUUCGAGGAUUGGCAGGUGGGAGAGGGGGGAUCGGACGCACGGACGAUCGAUCCCGGCCAACUGGCGCUCUACGGCCAAUGGCCCCCGACCCAGAUCUUUGUCCAGCAGGGCCAGAACCCGGUCUACCCGGAUGUGAGCAACCUGCCCCAAUACGUGCCCAGCGGAACGCCGGUGGUCCUGAAGCCCGAGCCGCCCAAUGCGCACGACUUGCCCGACAGCGCCUCCGUCGAUCCCGGCUCGGGAUGGGCCAACAACGCCGACCACGCCGGGUGGUACGUGCCCGUCAAGGACUGCCCGUACCCUAACCCUUGGGCCGCCGGGGGACUGCCCCCUCCAUCCGGCCCGUUCUGCCCCGGAACGCCCCCUCAGCCCGCCAAACCUUCGUCUCCGAGCUUGCGCAAACGAUGA